ACAUGAGGUCCUGUUUCAAGGAGGGAAAACCAUGUAGAGAUCUUCCUCCUCCAGCUCAUUCAUUCCUCACCAGCCUCCAGGGACUUUUCUACUCCAUGGUCUGUAGAUCUGCUCCAGAAAUUUUGACAUUAUAAAGAAGAAAAUUUUAGGUGUUUGGACCUUCAAGUGAAGACUCAACAUAUUAUCUAAGAGUAAUCACAGGGAGUUUCGAAGAGAGAAGCUAGAGGCAUUUGAGUCUCCUCCCUAAGGUGGGUCAAAGCUUGCUCCUUGGGAGUGAGCAUACAUAUAUAGCUCCUAAAGCCAGAAUUGCCUUUCUACGGAGCAACCAGCUGUCUGGAAUUGCUUUGUUCUAAGGCAAGUAGGCGUCUACAGGAGACAGGAAUGAGUGACCUCCGCAGGAAGGGAUGGUGGAAUGUGCCUGACUACUUCUACAGCCCACUGGUGUUUGACAUGGAAGAGGACCAGGAAGACUACAUAUUUGGCCCUGAUGAUGAAUACCUUCACACCCUGGAGGUCCACAGCAACACCCUCAUCCAGCUGGAGAGAUGGUUCUCACCCACAGGCCAAACCCGAGUCACUGUGGUGGGGCCACUUAAGGCAAGGCUGUGGGUGAUGGACAUGAUCAGAAAAGUGGGGAGUAAGAACACUCUCGAUAAAAUUAAAGGCAAGUUGAUGCUACUCCAUAUCCGGAGUCAUCCUCUGACGGAUCAAGACCUGCAGAUUCAUCUGAUAUCAGGGAGCAGUUGUUGGUUCCCUGAUUGAGUGAUUGGACUUCUGUGUUAGUUCUUAGUUACUUGACGUUUCCUUUGACAGUUGUUUGGGGUUUCUGUUAGAAUUUCUUGUAUUCAUAAUUUCACAGAUCUUCUUUGGUAAUUUCUUUGGGAAAUCAGCCAGUGGGGGUAGGGGAAGGAGGUUCUUCAUUAACCUUUGAAAAAACAGGUGAAAGAUAGGUAAGUUUGAUUUGGAGGACCUUACUGGCAAUUUCAGGCAGUGUAAGAUUACACACUUCUAGGUGUAAGAUUCUGGCAAAGGUAUCUAAUGAAACACAUUGCUGUGACACGUAAUGCCUUUGAUGUUGGUCUCUUUUCUUUGUCUACACUAAUCCAAAGGAGCUGUGGAAUCUCUGGGCAAGGCAGUCUCCAAGGGCUGGGAAGUGUACAUUGUCUCCCGAGAGUUAUUAUUAGGGAGGUUGGAGUGGAAACAAGAUAUAAAUUGCUUCUCUCACAUCAACAGCACCUUUUGCUAUGUUAGACCAGGAGGGUCUAAUUAAAGGAAAUUGUACUUAAAAGUGCAGGGGUGCCUAGCUAGACUACUGACCCCCAACCUCCAGCCACUUUAGGGUUUCAGAGAACAGCCUCUCACUGGUUUUGAGGUUUCUUAUUGGAAAGGGUUAGGGUUGAUAGAAUACAGCUGUGGAGAUUAUUGGCUGUUAGCACCUGGGUAGAAGAGUGGGGAACUCUGGUCUCAAGGCUGCCUAUGGGGUAGAUAAGUGGAAAAAGAGUUAUCACCUGUGUCUUGGAGUUUAGCAAGGCAAAGAGGUAGGUGUACAUCAGUGGGCUACAAGUUUUGCAUAUUCUGGAAACUGUGGUUUAUAUCAUACAUUAGGCUCUGGAAAGAAACUUAUUCUUGUAAGGUAUUGAGAUCUAAUGACAAUGAAUGAUAUGUGGAUCCUGAUUUGGGCUCUCAACUGAUUUGAGUGGAAAACAUUGGUUCUGCAGAGAACUUUCAGUAGACUUAAGAUUAUCCUAGUCUUAAACACUGACCAGUGAGAGGUGAGAAGAUUCAGGGUCCUGAUGGAGACAAGUUUUAAGUGGACAGGAAGGUCACCUGGUGAGCAUGACCAUGAGCCUUCAGCACUGUCCCUGAAGCCUGAAGUUGGGGGAGGGUUAAAACAUGCUUUCUGAGAUCUAUAAAUUGACAAUCAAGGGUAUUGGAAUUCCUUAAACAUGUUCUCUUCACAGGGCUCUUCAGCCACUUGUGUCUUACCAGGACACCAUUUCCCUAUUCUAGGAGAGGGAGCAGUGUCCUGAGCAGAGUAUUACCACAGGGGGGUGUGCUGAGAUGGUUGAUAUACACUGGUCUGAAGCUACCAACAUAGUUCCCUACUUUCCUUGAUCAGUAAUUAAAUAAUUUGAUUGGUUUCAGAAUAGUAACUGAACCUGACACACUCCAUUUUUUUGUAUGUUGAUUGUUUGGUUUCUUUCUUUCUUUGGAACAUUAAAGUUUGUUUUAUUUAUCUUUGUUUUA